CUGGGAGCUGGGCGGAUGUGGAGAUAGUGCUGGCCGCCGGCCGGUGCCGCCCGCAGCCCCAGGACCACCACCAGGGCGUAGAGGGUGACCCCCAGGCUGGGGCAGCGCUCCAUGCCUCCGGCGCGCGCCCGGGGCUGCAGCUUCGUCCCGCGUCCCCGGAGGAGAGCACGCUGAGCCCGCGGCGCCGCCGCGCUCCCCCGUCUCUCCGGAGGCGGCUCACCCGAGGCUGGGCAGGCGCAGGGCCGGCAGCAUGAGCCGCGAGCAGAGCCUUUGCGCAGCGCCGGCUCCCACCGGGGUGGAAAAAAGGCACACGAGUUGGCCGCAACUCCUCUCUCGGGUCUAUUCGGGAAGGCGGCCGCGGCGGGGCAUCCGAAAUUACUCCAGGGCGACCGCGGGGCGCUGGGGGCGCCGGCUCCUCGCUGCCUUCCCGGGCCGGCGGCGGCGCUGGGCGCGUGGACGAGCCGCUCUCCCCUCCUCCUCCUCUCGCUGCUCCUCGUCUUGCCGCUCUGUGCAGCGCCGCUGGCCGAGCGGGUCCUGGGGCACUUCCCUCCGCCUGCUCCGGGCUCCGCGGCCGGCUCUGCCCGGCGGACUCCAGCGGCGGCGGCGGCGGCGGCGUCCGCGCACGUUGGCACCGGUUUGUCUGUCUCGCAGGGUCCAAGCCUUUAAAUUUCCUGCACUUUCAGCUCCAUCACCAUGGAAACCACUGACUCUCUCGGCGUUGCCCCCUCCCCCUCCUUCCCCCCAAACAACAACCCCACCCCCCACUUCUCCACCCCCGAGGAGCCGGAGCGGCACAGGCUCCGGGGGAAGCCGCCUGCACUCGCCGCGGAGGCGGCGGCGGCGGCGGCUUCGGCAGCGCCCAGGGCUGUGCCCCGCCGGACCCAGAUGCCCCGGGAAGCCGACAGUCCGGCUGCCCGCCGGAGCUCACAGGCGGCGGCGGCGGCGGCGGCGGCGGCAGCGGCGGUGGCGGCGGCGGCGGCGGUGGCGCUUGGCAGCUCUCCAGGCCCUCAGUGUAAACAGACUUCUUGAGAUACCUCUCCAAGCCCCUCAAACUUCACAAGAAUACAUGCUGCAUCUUCUGCCCAGGAUAAAUCAGCUUCAGUGGGCAGAGCGGGGACCAGAGACUUAAAAGAUGAACUGGCGAAGCAGUUUCCUUUGAUGGGAGAGGGGAACUGAAUGACACCGCCAGAUAAUUUCCCCAUGAAUGAAGAGAUGAACCUAAACUUCAAACCCCCAGUGCAGUUUCCUUUGUGGUGGAUGUGAUUGGAGUCUGGGUUGAGAUGGAGAAGAGAGACUUGGAGUGGAUCACUUGGACAUUCUCCAGGAUUCCAUGGAGUGGGAGUUUGGAAGUCCCAAUGUGACAGCUUCAAUUACCCUGUCUUUCCACAAAGAUCUGAUUUUUCCUUUCAACCUGCCUCCAUCCCUCCAAAAGGUUAAUCAUCUGUCUAAGGAAGAAGGACUGCAUGGCACAAUUAGGAGGGAUGCCAGUUUCAGUUGAACACAUUUUCCUCAACUUCCAAGUCUAGAUAACAAGUAGAAUUAGACUUCACGAGGCACUGCCCAAAAGGAGAUCUUGCUUUUAUGACUGCUGGAGAUAAGAACAACCCAUUGGUGGUUGGAAUUGGCACCUGGCACAUAGUAGGUUCUUAAUCACACUCCUUAUUUUUUAUGUGUUUUGGGGGGGCUUUGCAUUAGUUAUUGUCUUAUAAAGAUCAACUGUUCAGAACAAUUUUGUCACUGCUGUGAAUUAACUACAUAAAUAAUUUUUCAGUAAAGAGUACAAAAACUAAAUUCUAACCUAGCCCUCCUGAGAUGGUUAGGUUGCAGUUAGUGAUAUUUUAUUGUCCUGUUUUCUGUUAAAUCAAUGCUGCCUCUUGUCUGCUUCAAAUCUACUCAGGGCCUUUGGUUGCAGACUGGGUAGAUUUGACUGAACAACAAGGGAAUGAAAAACAAACCAUGUUUGAGAAUAGAUUGGGGGACUUGUUUAUGGAAAGUCCACUGGACGAAGAAGAGGGGAAAGACAAAAAGGAGAGAAAACCUGUAGUUCUUCUCUACCCCUGAAGACUUAUGCAGUCCAGUUAGGGGUGAGAUGGCAAGCAUAGGAAGAAAAUAUGAAAAGGGGAUGGGAAAAAUAUAUAAAUCCCUGAUUGUAGAUUGAUGUUGUAUACCUGUUUUUAACCCAUGGCCUCUUUUGAUAAAUAUAACAAUUUC